AUGACCAGCCAGUCUCAGGGGAUCCACCAGCUCCUUCAGGCAGAAAAAAGGGCCAAGGACAAGCUAGAGGAAGCCAAGAAGAAAAACGGCUGCGCCAGCAGAAAAGAGAAGCGAUUGAAGCAAGCUAAAGAAGAAGCUAUGGCAGAAAUUGACCAGUACAGAAUGCAGAGAGAGAAGGAGUUUAGACUGAAACAAUUUAAGGUAAUGGGCUCUCAAAGUAAUCUCUCAGAAGAAAUAGAAGAGCAAACACAAGGGAAGAUAAAAGAACUGAGUGGAAGCUACAACAAGUACAUGGAAAGUGUGUUGAAACAGCUUUUGAACAUUGUUUGUGAUGUGAAGCCAGAAAUCCAUGUAAACUACAGAGCCACCAACUAA